GACCACGCCGGUAACUAAAUAUAGCAGCAGCUGGUGCGGUCGGGGUGUCACGGCGGCUCCUUGUAGACUUCUCGGGACUGCAGAUAAGGCUUGGGCCCCUUUGUGAGCAGCAGACCGGCCUGGGGGCUGGCAUCAGGACACCUGUGUCUGCAUGCUGAAGAAGAUGGGUGAGGCUGUGGCCAGAGUUGCGAGGAAGGUCAACGAGACGGUGGAGAGUGGCUCCGACACCCUGGACCUGGCCGAGUGCAAGCUGGUUUCCUUCCCCAUUGGCAUCUACAAAGUUCUGCGGAAUGUCUCCGACCAGAUCCACCUCAUCACACUGGCUAACAACGAGCUCAAGUCCCUCACUAGCAAGUUCAUGACUACGUUCAGUCAACUCCGAGAGCUCCGCCUGGAAGGAAACUUCCUACAUCGCCUCCCCAAUGAGGUCAGUGCCCUGCAGCACCUCAAGGUCAUCGACCUGUCCCGGAACCAGUUCCGAGACUUCCCUGAGCAGCUCACCACCCUGCCGGCAUUGGAGACCAUCAACCUGGAGGAGAACGAGAUUGUAGACGUGCCGGUGGAGAAGCUGGCGGCCAUGCCGGCCUUGCGCAGCGUCAACCUCCGCUUCAACCCGCUCAACGCCGACGUGCGCGUGAUCGCCCCGCCGCUCAUCAAGUUUGACAUGCUCACGUCGCCGGAGGGCGCACACCCCUCCCCAUCCUAAGCCCCGCCUCGUGCCCACCCGGCAAGGGACAGAGGCCGCUGGCCUGGCUCGCUGAGGGGAGGGAGUCCAUGGGCCCUUGGGAGCGGGGGUGGGUGGGCCGAGCAGCGCGUGGUGGGAGGGGUGCAGCCGGCCCGGGAUGGAUCGCUUUGAGCAGUAGUGGGCUCCGGAACGCCCCGAGGGAGGAGGUGAGGUGGGGGCUGGAGCCUGGACUCUGGGCACUCAUCGCUGCUGUGCAAACUUGGGCAGAUUUCCUGCCCUCUCUGAGCCUCGUUACAUCACGCACCUUCUGACCCCCCAGGUGAGCAUCACCUAGCACUCUCUGGGCCCUGCGGGUUUGAGGCCUUGUUUCUAGUGCUGAGAGCCAGUCGCUGCCCUGAGAGGAGUAGAAAACUACUUCCAAAUAUUUAUUGCUUCCUGAGAACCAACCUGGAUGAGGCCCUUCGCAGGGCCCCAUCCUCAGCCCUGUGGGUCCCUGGACUGGCAGGAGCCUGAACCAGGGGUCCUGAGAGAGCUGCAGAGAGAGUGUGGCUUGGCCCUGUAGCAGGGUGAGAACGUUUAUGUAGGAGCCCAAGGACCAUCAGGCAGGGAACUGGGGAGUAAAUCAAGGCAGCACUGUCCUUCCUCAUGGUUAAGAAAUUGGUGGGGUAGGAAGUUUUGAGUGCUCCAUCCCUCCUUGGUGGUGACCAGUGUGCCUGGCAUUACACCCCGAACUACAGGAGAAGAGGCGCAGAGAGAAACAAAGCCAUUUGCGCCUGUGGCUCUGGUUCAGCCAAACUGCUGCAGUCUCCCUCCAGCAGCAGUUUGGCUGCCUUGUCAUGGCCCCCCUGGGGGAAGAAGGCACUGUGGACCACUGCAUUUACAGCCAGCCAGCUCCCUGGCCACCACCCAAAGCCCUGAUGACCUAGUCAUUUCAGUGCUAUCUAUGUGGGGUCUAGGAUAUGGCCAAGCAAUAGGGUGACCAGCCAUCAUGAUUUGCCUGGGACUGAGAGGUUUCCCAGGAGGUGGGACUUCCAGUGCUAAAACUGGGACAGUACCAGGCAAGCAGAGAUGGUUGGUUCCCUGCCAGGAGAGGGCCUGGGCUCCUGGUUUCUGGUAACACCUGUGGUUUGGAGAACCUCUGACCUCUUGAUCCCCCAGGUAUCUACCUCCAACCUUCUCAUCUGUGGAAUAAGCAGACUCAGAGCUGCCCCGUGCCCCACCUGGUCUGCAUCUUCCUCUGAGUCUGUGGAGGCACCUGAUGCCCUAGGACUUGGGGCAAAGCAUGGCCACCCAAAUCCUGUGUCCUGUGAACCAGUGGCCACUUUACCACUGCUCAGAGGAGUCACUCCUUCUCACAUGAUCCCAAUUUCCUUCCCCUCUGCAGGCCGCCUCUCUCUUGGCAAGGAGCUGACAGGUUGGACCAUAGUUGGCCUGUCACUGAGCACUCAGUAUCCCAGGAAAGACCUUGUUCACUCUGCUCAUAUCCCAGAGCCUAGUUGGCAAAACUCCAGGGAAGAGCUUUUCAGGAUGAGGCAUCAAGGCAGGAUCUCAAAGGAUACCAAGUUCAGCUGUGGAUGUCAGGGGCAAGUAGGAACUGAAGUCCAGUCCAGGAGGGGCUGGCCUCACCCACCCCAUGUCCUGGAAUGGCAUUUCUCCUUGUGGAAGAAGAGGCAUGCUUUCUGCUAAGCACAAAGGCGUUUUGUGUGAUCAGAGCCUUGCAACUGGGAGUGCGGUUUGUGGACCAGCAGCAACAGUAUCACCAGGGAGCUUGCUAGAAAUGCAGAGUCUCAGGCCUCACCCAUACCUACCGACUCAGAGCCUGCAUUUUAGCAAGAUCUCCAGCUGAUUCCUACAAGCACUUUACAGUUUGAGAAGAGAGGGACCAGGGGUGACCCUGGGGAUGUCCUCUGAGUAGAGGGUGAAGAUUCAGUUCUCCCCCUGCUACCUCCAGGGAUCUGAGUCUGUGCUCAGCCCCCACCCUAACCCAGCCCUGUGAGACCUUUGGCCUCUUAGAUCUUUCCAGAGUCUUCCUGACACUCCCAGUGGUGGAAGCAUCCUGUGGUCAUCAGGAAAUGAGGGUUGGGUUUGUUGGCCCCUCAGACCCUGCCUUUCUGGUUACCCCCGUAUGCCAAGCUGCCUGUUUCCUCAGGGCCUCACCAUAAGCCCUUUGAAGAGGCUGCUUCUGGAAGUUGUUUUCUACUGUGCUUGGAGAAUUUGCCCUUGCUUCUCUGGGAAAGCUUGGGAAGUCAGAGAAGCCCCCAAAUCAGAGCUCACAGUGUGAGUGAGCCCCUUAGCUUCUGUCUGCAAUAAAGAAUGCACUGGCUUCA